UAGUUCACAUAUACCGCAUUCGCCGCUGAUAACGCUACAGUGCGAUUUUAGUGCGCGCUGCGAGUAUUCGAGUGCUCUUCAACAAACGGGCUCAAAUGAGCGUUCUCUGACACAGCCGCCGCGCGUUUGUCCGAAGAAAUCCUCUCUCUCAGCCGGUCACCCAUGCAUCCAAGCAGUAUACCGGCGGGCGCCUUGUUGCUUGACAUCGGUGAUCGAACAGGGUAGUGGUGAUCCUCUGGCUCUGACGUUUCUUUCUUUUUUAUACUUACUUAUUUUGCAACAUAACAUGCCGAGUGGGAAGCAAGAGGAGCAGCAGGAAGUUUGGAAAUGGUGGGAGGAAGAGAAGAAGAGUGAUGGCACGAAAUGGCAUUUCUUGGAACACAAGGGACCAGUAUUUGCGCCACCCUACGAACCCUUACCUUGUACCGUAAAGUUUUACUAUAACGGCGAGAAGAUGGAGCUGAGUAAGAAGACGGAGGAAGUUGCAACCUUCUACGCGCGCAUGCUUGACCAUGUCUACACGAAAAAGGAUACGUUUAACAAUAACUUCUUCAACGACUGGCAAAAGGUGAUGACCGAGUCGGAGCGCGAAACGAUCACCGAUCUGACCAAGUGCAACUUCAAGGAGAUGCACGCGUACUUCUUGCAGCAGAGCAAGGCUAUGACGAAGGAAGAGAAGCAGAAGAUCGAGGAGAAAAACGAGGAGAUACAGAAGGAGUAUGGCUUCUGCACCAUUGACGGCCAUAAGGAAAAGAUCGGUAACUUCAAGAUUGAGCCGCCCGGCUUGUUCAGGGGCCGCGGCAAGCAUCCCAAGAUGGGCAAGCUAAAGAAGCGAGUGUUGCCGGAGGACGUGAUCAUUAAUUGUUCAAAGGACUCAAAUAUACCAAAACCACCGGCCGGCCAUAAGUGGAAGGAGGUGCGACACGAUUCCAAUGUCACAUGGCUCGCGUCCUGGACGGAGAACAUUCAGGGACAGGUGAAGUACGUGAUGCUGAAUCCAUCCAGCAAGCUCAAAGGUGAGAAGGAUUGGCAGAAGUACGAGACGGCGCGGAAGCUGGCGAAGUCGAUCGACAAGAUUCGCGCUGAGUAUCGAGAUGACUGGAAAAGCAAGGAGAUGCGCAUUAGACAGCGAGCUGUCGCUCUGUAUUUCAUCGACAAACUGGCGCUCAGAGCCGGUAAUGAGAAGGACGAGGAUCAGGCGGAUACUGUGGGCUGUUGCUCGUUGCGAGUGGAGCAUAUCCAGCUACAUGAGCAGAAGGACGGCAAGGAAUACGUCGUCGUGUUUGAUUUCUUAGGUAAUAAUUGA